AGCGGCCGUCUGCCAGUCUCUCCCACACAAACAAGACCAAUCUUCGGCGAGCCACCGGCACAUUCUCACAGCGGAGCGGCGGCGGAUUCAGAGAGAGGAGACGAGAAGAUGGGCGGCGGCAUGGAGGUGAACAGGAACCGGUGGAUCGAGGAGUGGGGCGCCGACCGGGAGAACCUCGAGCUCAAGUUCCGCUUCACCCGCCGUAGCCUCGCCAUCAUCGGCAUCUUCGGCCUCGCCGUCCCCAUCCUCGUCUACAAGGGCAUCGUUCGCGAAUUCCAUAUGCAGGACGAGGACGCCGGCCGGCCCUACAGGAAGUUCCUGUGAGCCUCGCCUCCGGUGGAAUUCCAGAACCGGGCCGUCUGCCGGGCCUCGGUCGGGGAGAUGGAGUCGCCGUUCGGUUUGUUCCCGUGCUGCUGUAAUCAGAUCGGAGUAUUUUGGAAUUCUCAAGUUGUGUGCUAUCUGUUCAAUAAGCUGUAAUGAAAUGCUAUGCUUUCAACUACUGAAAACCUGACCAGUUUGAUUUCGUUAAUUUGAGGUGAAUAUUUGUGUUAUGUGACGCUAUUUGUGGUUUGUAUCAAAUGGGGAUUAGUUCGAGGUGAUAUCUAGUUGUAGACUAGUCUGUCCUGCUGCUGAUAGCAAGCACGUUUCUUAGCUUAGGUUUUAGCUCAGCAUGAAACUAAGAUUGAUUCCGGGGUUUAGAGCGUUGAUGCUUUACUGGUCAUACCUGCAUAUAGUUAUAUAGAUCUGAGUGGAUUGGAAUCUCUAUUGAGAGUGAUGGUAUCACUAGGCAGUUCUGAUGUGAUUUGAUUUUGGUUCAGCUUUAUACAAUUGAGGUUCUGUGAUAUUUGUUCGUUAAUCGCAUUGUCAUAGUGUGGGUUUUAACUAUAAAUCUAACGCUGGUUCUACUGAAUGGUAUUGCUAGGCAUUUCCGAUUUGAUUUGGGCAAGCUUCAUUUUUAUACAAUUAAGGUUCUAUGAUCUUUGUUCAUUAGUCACAUUGUCAUACUGAUAUAUAAAUCUUGUUUGCCUUUAAAUUAAUAUAUCUAAUUAUUGGUUAUACUAAUAUAUUGCAUGAAUACUUGGUAGAUAUGGUACUUUCAUGGCUUGUUUACCUAUUAUAUGGCAUAAUGUUUGAUCGUCUGUCUUCUUACAAUAAAUUUACCACCAUAUGUAGCAAACUUACAACUUAUAUUUGUACCAUUAUGCUCUUAUCCUCUCCACCUGAGAAAUCUUGUUUUUUAAAAUGUGCUUGUCCAGUUUCACAAGUUUCAGCAGUGUUGAUAGUUAUAAAAUUGGUAGUAUCACUUGGAUUACUGGAGCAGUCGGUAGCAGUUUCUUAGUGGAAGUUCCUGUGAGCCUUGCCUCCGGUGGAUUUCGAGAACCGGGCCGUCUGCCGGGCUUCGGUCGGGGAGAUGGAAUCGCCGUUCGGUUUGUUCCCGUGCUGCUGUAGUCAGAUCGGAGUAUUUUGGAAUUCACAAGUUAUGUGGUAUCUGUUCAAUAAGCUGUAAUGAAAUGCUAUGCUUUCAACUCCUGAAAACCUGACCAGUUUGAUUUCGUUAAUUUGAGGUGAAUAUUUGCGUUA